UACAAAGUUCUUUGCAUUCUGUUACUUCCGAGGGCACGUCCCACAAAACCAAUUAUGAUUUACGUUUGACCAAACAUUAUUUCCAAGCACAUUCGCGCCAGUGUACAGGGCUAGCCGCCUUAUAGAAGCGUGUAGCAGACGACGCUCAGGCAUAGCGGUAGAAAAUAGUCGCACCGCGAAGAACGCGGUGUCAUCUAGCGAAAAGCAGACGCAAGCUUGCAGCAGCAGACGCUCACUCUCGCUUCUUUCCCAACGUCGCGGCAUCCGACCCGUUUUAUCAACUGGACAACGCCGCUGGGAGCAAGACCCCGACAGGCGCUUAGGUCUAUCUAAAGGUUGCGCAAGUGAGCUUGAACUUCCCCUUCCCGAGGUCAAACAGGUUUCGCCAGCGGCUCAGCCUUCUGGCAAUUGGGUCGCACGACGCGCGCGGCCACAGUCCACUGUCAGCGGCCCCGAAGUCGAGACGUAGGACAUACCACUACGUGCGCCGGUAGCUUCCGUACUCUCACAUCGAAGUUUGCUGCGCGACAUCUUACGAAGAACGGCGAGGGAAAUGGCCAGCCAGGAGUUUGAGAGCGUCGAGAAGAUCCUCACGGAGCAUCUGCCGCCGGAAGAGCUUCAGAAAGUCCGCGGAGUUCUGUACGGGAAAGAAUGCGCAGCUCUCGACCUUGAUCGCGAGGCUGUUGCACUGGCUGAAGAGCACAAGUUCGAGCUCAAGGGAUACAAAAUGACGGCCGAGAAGGAGGAGACGCGGCCGCCGCGAGUCGUGCGCCUGGGCCUGGUGCAGAACCGCAUCGUGCUGCCCACGACUGAACCGGUGGCCGCCCAGCGGGAGGCGCUGCACCGCCGCAUCGAGACCAUUGUCGAGGCAGCUGCGCUGUGCGGGGUGAACGUCAUCUGCUUCCAGGAGACAUGGCACAUGCCGUUUGCAUUUUGCACCAGAGAGAAAACGCCUUGGUGCGAGUUUGCAGAAUCUGCUGAGCACGGCCCAUCUGUUCAACUCUGUCAGCAGAUGGCUAAAAAGCACAACAUGGUGGUGAUCUGCCCAAUCCUUGAGCGCGACGACUCCGACGUUCUCUGGAACGCCGCUGUAGUGGUCUCGAACAGCGGAGCCAUUCUGGGGAAGUCCCGCAAGAACCACAUCCCACGAGUGGGCGACUUUAAUGAGUCCACUUAUUACAUGGAGUCAAAACUAGGACAUCCGGUAUUCCAGACACAGUUUGGCAAGAUUGCCAUCAACAUCUGCUACGGAAGACAUCACCCCCUCAACUGGCUCAUGUAUGGUGCUAACGGAGCGGAGGUUGUGUUUAACCCAUCCGCGACAGUGUCUGGACUGAGCGAGCCGCUGUGGCACGUCGAGGCCAGGAAUGCCGCCAUUGCCAACAGCUACUUUACGUGUGCCAUCAACAGGGUGGGAACGGAAGUAUUUCCUCGAGAAUUCACUUCUGGUGACAAGAAGCAAGGUGAGGUUUGCUUGGCUCACCGGGAUUUUGGACAUUUCUACGGUUCCAGUUACGUGACUGCUCCUGAUGGAAGCCGCACACCUGGCCUCUCGAGAAUCAACGAUGGCCUAUUGAUCACCGAGGUGGACUUAAACUUGUGCCGACAAGUCCGCGACACCUGGGGCUUCAGGAUGACGCAGCGCACGGAAAUAUAUGCUGAUGCUCUCUAUUGGGUUGCUCAGCCUGCGUUUGAGAAGCAAGUGAUUGUGGACCCGACAGCAGGGGGCGACUACUGAGGCUUCCCCGCGUGUCUAAAGCUGCGAAGCACUCGGAUCUGCUUCACUGAGCCAUGCCCAAGAUCUGCUACAACUGGGCGUCAACUGGAGGUGACGGCCUGCUGCACAAGUUCCUCUUCAAUAUCACGCCAAGCGCUCUCAGGAUUUUCCCGCUUGCUGGAUUUAUAUACUCAACUAUGCAAUCAAACAUUUGUUGCUCGACUUGUGAUCAAACAUAUUUUUUAUAUCGUCAACCGUCGACUGCAUUGAACAAAAAGUUGGCUUAGGAGCGUUUUUUUUACAGAAUGAAAUAUAUACACUUCUCAU